AAUUAUUUUUUUGAAUUGUGACUGCGAAGAUAAGAGAUGGUUGUAAUACGUGGCUCUUGAAUUCUCAAUAGAAAUGUUCUUUUCUACUUCCGCCUCCGGCGUGUCCUCCGCAAAAAUAGUCUUUGGAGCACGAAAAACUGAUUGGUGCUUUUAAGCAACAUUUUCCUGUUGUUGAAAUGUAUAAAAUAGAAGACGAGUAUGAACUACCGUUAGUUUAUUCUUGGAUGUAUUACAAGUCAAUUAUUUUCAAAUGAAAGGCUACCUGGUGACAUUGGUGUCAGUUUUGGCCCUGCAAAGCUCGCUGGCUCUUAAAAAUUUGGAAGAGCCGAGGUGGAAAUCGUUUCAAGAUGCCGAGUUAGAGUGUGCUAAAUAUUUGUUCAUUACCAACAAGACACUCCAGCGGUACCACAUCAGCGGAUAUCCGAAUGAACCGAGCGACCAGAAGCUUAUGCACUGUAUCUUUAUUUAUUUGCACGCGUGGGAUAAAGUUCGGCAGGAGGCUAAAGACUACGUGCUCAGCCAGUUCUUUAUUCCAUCCACAACCGAUUGUCAAUACAAACUACAUACCCAAGAAUGCCUCGAUCAGAACGUGGCAUCACUGAACAUAUCUGAUACACUUGGUCGAGCGUACCAAACGUUCCAGUGUUAUUACCAAAACUACGCUGGGAUCAGUGACGAAGUGAAAUGGAUUCCGUAUGACUUUAGCGAAAUCAGGCAAACGGUGGCAGAUUGUCUGCGCAUCGUUCCGCAAACACCCGAAUCUCUACUGGAAUACUGCCAAGGAAACUUCACACACAAUCCGGAUUAUCCACAGGCGGCAUACUGUAUCACCGUACGAUCCGGUUUCUACAACAAAUCGACUGGAAUUGAUCUAGAGAAGCUUUACGUGCAGUACGGAACCAAUGCCCUGCUCCAUGAUCAUACCAAGGCUUGUAUUGCAGGAGUGGCCGAUCAGUACUGCAAGGAACCGGAUCGUUUGAUACAUAUCGUGUUGGAUUGCCUGCGUAAUUACCUUCCGAUCGUUCGUGACAUCAGCGCUGGCGCCAGCGACGUGCUGGGAAAUCCCUCUGAGUGUGUCGUUCCUCCAAGUCCACCACCGCAGACCCAACCAUGCUACAAUACUCCGUGCGUUUAGGGAAGUCGGAUUUCGUGGAUCCUUGAACUGAUGGAAUGCGAACAAAAUUUUGUUUUCAUGAAGGACGCUUAAAUAAUUUUAAAAAGUAUGAAGAACGAUGACUGUUUAAUUAAAUGAAUAAUUCGUGGAGCUAUUAAUUUGGUGAAUAAAAGAAAAAAGUAUGUAUUUGCUUGAAACAUGAAGUCAAAUUUUAGUUUUCUUUAGGUCUUUAGAAAGGUGUUCGGGUGAGCAUAUUUUUAAAUUUUUGUUAACUAAAACUUCAUCUCAAUUCCAAAACUCACACUUAAUAUGACUGACUGAUUUUCUCAGAAGUGAAUCGCCUAAAUUUUGAAAUGGUCACUAAAGCGCGCACUAUAACUUGUUGUAGUUGUAGUUGUAGUGUAUACAUGUAGAUGCACCAAUCUUCUUCGUUUCUCAGGAUCUUAGAGACCGUCAUUACCGAGGAAUCAAAAAUAUCUCCAAAUGACAAAAUGACAAGCGGUCAACGAUCCGAAUGAUAACGCUAUGUCAGAAGUGGAAAGCAAUAAAAAUAUAAUCUUCAUGACGACAGGGCGAUAGAAGGAAACAAGCAAAUUGUUGGCAAGCUAUGUUACAGAGCGAGUUUGUCAUGUUAUUCGCAGCAACCGUUUUGUCUGUAUCAUUGGUUGCUUUAUGUGGUCAUUACAGAUCGAGGACUCUUAUAAAAAAGACUAGUUUUGAAUUUAUGUAGUAAAUUAUCAUCAUACGAUCAUGAGCUCAUCAAUGACGAUCGUAUAACAUAAUUUUGCGCACCUUCGGGUAUAUUUCACUUCAUGCGUGUCAAACAGUAGGUAGUCUUCUCCGCUACAAUGAACGAAACCAUCUACAAUACUUCGAAUGAUUAUUGCAUUGCUCAAGCCCUUAAACAAAAACAUCAUUCUCUGUUCCAAUGAAACCUCAGACCAUUCAAAUCGAAGUAUCAGAAUCGGUUUUUCGAAUGAUAUAUGCAACCGAAUGACGGUUGUUUUCUGCUCCUCUUGAAUACAAGAUGAACAUUGAUACGACAAGCGAACCGACUUCAGUUGAAAUACGUAAUGCUCUCCGUAGCAUGAUUGUCAUCUCAAAUUGAAAUGCAUAUGGUAUUGGUUCGAAAGUAAUUUGCUGAUCUGAGCUGACAAACGAGAUUGAAAUAUAGUCAACGCUAUCAUAGGUGGUAUGAACGUUGGUAAAGCGUGGAAACCGAAGAUUGUAUAUUUCGUGGUGGAGGCAGUUUCCUGUACCAACAAGCGAUUUUUGUAUUAAUCAUGGAAUGGCUGUUCAUGGCUAUUCAAUAUGGAAAUGAAAACAGUCAAAUUAUCAAUCUAAUCUAAAGCAUCCUAUUCUUAAAAUAACAUUCUUUAUUUGGAUGACAGUCAUCAGCUCAUCAGCUGAUGUGAGUUCGUCAUCCGAAAUUCGCAAUCUUCCGAAAUUCGAAAGCAUAUUGUUAAAGGACUCGAGCAAUUCAGUAAUCAUUUGAAGUAUUGCAGAUGUUUUCGUUCAGUGUACUGCUCGAAUAUUGCUUACACUGUACCAAAACAGCAUACUCCAUUCGAAUUAAACCUCAGAUCAUUCAAAUCAAAACAUCGAAAUCGCUAAGAAAAUUUCAAUGAUUCUUUUUAUGUGUCCCACAAAUGCAUUUUUGCAAUGCGAUCGACAAAUGAUAUCUAUGUGUCGGACACAUACUUAAUAUGUGGUCACAUAAAACAUGUGAAAUUUCACUUGGAAAUUCGUCAAUAAAAAUGUGUGGAAUUUUUUUGAGUGUAAUGUUCGGCCCAUAGUUAUAAAUCGUUAAAAUCUUUAAAUGUUCUAAAUUCACAAUAAGAGUGAAAUUGUGAUAUUGAUUUAUUAGGCUAGCAUGUUACAUAAAGGUUAGUUCUUUUAAUUCGUGAAAUCAUCAGGUUUUUCGAUGACCACCGCAAUGUAGAUUUUCGUUAGUGUAAGAUCAUGGCACCUAGAAAUCGAAAAUUAAGAAAAAAUCACUAAACUUUUUCUUUGAAAAAGAGUAAUCAAUGAUUUUAAAUUCGUCCCAAAAAUAGGCAAUUCAUAUACACGAAUUAUGCCUAAAAAAUGUGGUGAACCGCACCAAUUUACGUAAACCGCGCGGUUCACUAAGAACGUUUUUUUUGCUUAUUUUUUUGUAGCAUUUCCAAAACGAUCCACGACUAAGCCAUUCCAUACAGGAAAACAGUUCGCGUCCUCGGCGUACUGAUCGACCGAACGCUCUCCUUCGACUUCCAUUUCCAACAGGUCAAAUAGGACUGCCGCAGUAGACUCAACCUCGUUAAAACGAUCUCUCGGCCUCACCGAUCCAACAACCGCGAUGUUCGGUUCCGGGUGGCGCGAGCUAUCAUCGACAGUAGGUUACUUGUAUCGCUUCCGAGAAGCUGGUUAGAACCCUAGCACCGGUCUACAACAGCUACAUCCGCAUCAUAUCUGGUGUCCUGCCAUGCACUCCAGCAGACGCCGCAUGUAUCGAAGCUGGUCUUCUUCCUUUCCGGUUCUGCUUAAACACAAAUAUUGCCACAAAAGCAGCCGUCUUUUCCGCCAAGACUUCCGGAAACAAUAGGAUCUUUCUCCUCGACGAGGGGAACAGAGUUCUCCGCACGGCCGCCGACAUCGAACUUCCCCCCAGUGUUCAAAGUUCAUUGGCAUGGAGAGAAAAGUUGGCACUCUUCACGAAUCCAAUUGGACAAUCGGAUCAAGAACCGCUUCAAAGCAGGGGAUGUAUCCGUGAUUUUGCGCAGAUCGGUCGCCGAAUUACUUGGGUCCAACUAUGCCGACCACGUACACCGGUACACCGACGGCUCCCGAUCGAUAAACGGAGUAGGUAUCGGGAUUUUUGGAGACGGUAUUGCUGAAAGCAGCAGUCUUCCUCCACAGUGCUCGGUUUUCUCGGCCGAGGCUGCAGCGAUCUUUCGUGCCGCUACGAUGCCAGUCAACAAACCGAUGCUUAUAUUAACCGACUCACACAGCGUCGUUCAAGCGAUCACCUCGGAAGCACCAAAACACCGUGUACAUAUGGAUUCCCGGACACUACGGAGUGCCUAGUAACGAGUCUGCUGAUCACCUUUCCGGAGCCGGGACAUCGGGUACCAGACUCACCGACAAGGUACCCCUACAGGACGUCAGACGGUGGAUCAUGCGGACCAUUCGAGCGCCAUGGGAAGCCGAGGGUUCCGCAACAGAACUACCUUCAUCCGCAAAGUCAAAGGGUCAACUGAACCAUGGAGCGAACUGGACAACCUGAGGGAUCACCGCGUGAUUUUGCGGCUUCGAACCGGGCACACCAAACUCUACUAUAACCGCCGUUCGGCAGAAGCUGCAUCAUCUGUGGGGUACCCUACACCGUCGAACACAUCCUGUGCAACUGCCCGGAGUUCCAAAAUCUUCGGGAGUCACUCUGCCUAACUUCCAGCAUCAGCGAUCUGCUCGGGAAUGAUACUUCGGCCUCGGUAGCACUAGUAACCUUUUUAAAAGAAGCGAAAAAUCUACCACUUGGUAUAGCAGGAAUUUCUUUCGGCCGUCGGGACAUCUCAGCUGGAUCGAUUUCCCCCAUUGGACCCAUGCCAGCUGAGCUCUGUUUUGUUUGGAUUAUUCGUUUGUAGCUUGUUUUAAAUUAUUUUGUUUUCUGUUGUUCCUCUGUUUCAUUAUUUUUUAUAUUGUUAUUUUUUUCCAUAUAAGUUGAAGAGCCAGCAACCAAAGUUAUUUACAAAAUGUUAUUAUACCAUGUAUAAUGAGGUUACUCACUCUGAGGCCUCUCCUUUCUCCGGAGAUGAACUAGUCAUAGGCUUAAAAUCUCCUUAAUAAAGAAUAAAAAAAAAAAAAAAAACAUUUCCAAAACUCUCUGAAUCAAAAAUAUGGUUCAAAUCAUUUCUGUUCUGUUCUCUUUUUUUAAAUUUUGAUUCGCAUUUUUUUAAUAUGAAAAAGUCAAAAAGUUCUCUCCCCAGGAUGAAACCAUUUCCAUUCGAUUCUGCAAGUUGUUUACCUACAGAAAAGAUAUGAAUUAUAUUUUUGUUUCAGCGAAUUUCAAUGGAACACUAUUAAAUGUAUUUUUCCUAUGAAAAAAGGGAUGAUCACCAGUGGUGGGGGGAAAUACCCCUUCCCAUCCCUCUUCAACAUGGGGAGUUUGGUAAGGAAGAUGAUCAACCCGAUUAGUGCCUUCCUCAAAAUUGACUUUUGCUCGGUUUCUACUCUCUGUAUACAAUUUUCACACUGCCGUACUCGAACGGAACUAUCAACUCUAUACUUUCAUCUUCUCAUAUAUCGUGUAAAAUGACCACUUUUAGUCUGAUAUGUGGUGUUAAGCAUCUCCAACUAUGAAAAAUCGUUAACUUCAUGCCUGAAGUAAUACAAACAUGAUUAGUUACAGUAUCAGAUUCAUGAAAAAAAUACACAUUUAAUUGAACCACGGUUCAUUACCCAAGUCUGGUCCCUGGGAAGAUACGCCGGCGCUCAAUUUAGUAGUGUUCUAGAUGCACUUCUUCCACAGUUGAUAAUUGAGAGCUUUCUAAGCAUGUAACAUUUUUGCAUCAGUUUUAUUGUGUCAGUAUUCACUCGGCUGUCGACAGAAGCAGACCACUCUCAAUGUGUGUCACGCGAUCGUCUGUUUACUCGGUAACAACCAUUGUGUGUUCCUCCUCAUUGUUCUUCAUCAGCAGUUCUUUCAGUCAAUGCGUCGUCGACUUUGGAAAGCAACCGUUUCGUGAUGAGUGUGUGAGUGAUGACCACGUUUUGCGUCAAUUGCUGCAAUGGAAGCGCUCUGACCCUCGUUGGCGAAUCUGCCAUACAAUGAAACCACUGGAAGCGGCUCCUGUUCUGGUAGCGGAGGUUUAUUGGAUAGCGGAAGAUAAAAUGUUUAUUGUGUUGCACCUUUUGACUAUAGUUUUAAGAUGUAUUGUAUAGUGAGCAAGAAUCCUCGGCUCUGUAAAGUUAAUUCGGUUGAGCCUUAUAAAAUAAAUUAAUAAUAAUAAUAGUUUUAUUGUGUGGCAAGUACAAUCAUACUCUGUGCCCAUGGAAGUCAAGAUAUUUUUCAACCCGAAAACAUCCUAGACUGGACCGGGAAUCGAACCCAGCCGCCUCCAGCUUGCUCUUGCUUUAUAACUGCGCCUUUACCGACUGAGGCAAGGGAGGCCCAAAAAGUGGAACAUAGUUUUACAAAAUAGGGUGUGAAGUAAUGUGUUUGAACCGUUUGACUGAGCUACAUUUUUUUAUUUAAGAAGAUAACGGCUGUUCAUUCACCUAUAACUAAGCUAAUAUGAAACCAUGAAUACGAUCUUAUCUCUGUUAGACGAAGAGGAAGGGUGUUAUUUCGCUCUACCCUAUGGGUGAAAUAAUCAAUGUACAUUAGGGUGCUUCAUUUUCAAUCAAAGUACCUUAAAUUAUAUAGGCCACCUUCUAGUUUGAUUCAUAAUUUCAAAAUAUGAGUAUGAUCAAUGAAUGGUAGAUCUUGUUUUUUUUCUGCACUGGUUCAAAUCAUCCUAUACUUUUUCAAAAUGAAGCACAUAAGUCCUUUUUCAAGCAUUCGUCAUCAAAAGUUGCUACAACUUGAAUUCAAAUAUUAGUAACCGUUAUGUAAAAUUUGUUCUACAAAGUGAAUAGGUACGCAGACAUUCUUCAUAAAUUUGAAGCACUCUCCUCUCUGCCUGACUGCAUGGGCAAACUAAAAUACCAAAAUAUAGAAAUAUGGCUGGGUCACACAUAUUCGACAAAUGGAUACGUUGUUUAUGGAAAACUCCUAGCGAUAAAGUUGAUCCUAAUCUAAAAUUUCCACGGGUUGAUGUAAAUAAAUUGUCUCCAAAAGCGCGUCAUAAUUCUUCGGGACCGUAUCAGUUCGUACAUGCACCAGAAUAUUGCAAACUGACCAUAAUCUUUCAAAAUCAUAAAUUUUGGUGUGUCCCACGAUCUUGUGAAAUGUUUCAGAUGUUCCGAAGUGGUCAAUAAGUUUUCAGGUCAUCUAGCUUUACUUGACUUUUUCGAAAUGUGUAGAUUCCAGAUUCGAUCAACCAAAUCCGCAUAACUUAGUUUCAUCGUGUAUUAAGAAAAAUAUUGCAGUUCUUGUUGAACUAUCGGCAAACAUAAUGUACCUGUCAAAUCUGACUUCAAGCAAAUGCUUCAAUCCGGAAACCUGAUUUCCGAGAACGUGCUUUAGCAAAGAAAACAACAAUCGAUUAUUCGUGGAAAUUCGGUAUAAGUUAGAAUGCGUUGCCAUUUCUCUGUUAGUUUACACUGGCUACAUGAAAAAUCGUUCA